CAUAUCAUUUAUGUCCCGGUUAGUUUUCCUUUUCAUUUUUAACCUUUCUGGUUUUCAAUUGUGUCUUAUUCGUAUACCAGAGAGAUGAAAGCAGAUUUCAAGCAAGCUAGAAGAUGGACAAACUAUACAGUUCGGCACCCUCAUCGCGCAUCUUCACUCUUGCUACCAUUGCGAUCUGUAAAGAUGGGGAGUUCAACGGAGGCCAUUGUUGGAUCGUGCAACCGACAGAGAAGGCUGGGAAUUCAAAGGAGAUACCUGGGACCAAUCGGGAUCUAGCCAUCUCGCGACGGGAGGGUUUCCAUCAGAGAUGCACGCCGGACUUCAAAACUAGUGAAAAACGCUCGCGACCUGCCUUCCCAAGGACUCCGGCCCAGUCUGCAGCCACUCUGCCGAACUCCAGGGACGUUGACGGCCGGCCUGCACGGCUGCACGUCUUUCUGCGGCCAGACGAGUUAUCUUCUCCCAAUCACAGAAAUCUGGAUCUAAGUGGGCUCACACUCAUCAGCUACCCUUAAAGCUGAAAUUGAAAAGUAAUUCUAAUCGAUGGGGGAGGUACGUGCUCAGAUGCUGAUUUUCAACCAUCUCCAGAUGUUUUUUUCCAGAUGUUCUUUAGGUCAGCAAUGCCAAUGGGCGACCAACUCUUUGAGGCGCUAGCAGUGAGAUCGCGACAAAUGAGAGAGCUGGGGUUUGGUGAUCGGCCAAGUGUAACGAGCUGCAAGGGGCGGCAUAGUUCAUACUCGGAUUGUUCGCCGGUGUCUUUUGGGUUGGUCCGCACCUGGGCUGCCAUUCUAGCUUGGUUCUUAGAGAUCUGUAAUUCCAGAUCUGUUCUCAUUUCUUCUUCUUCUUAUGCAUAUUACCAAAUGGAAACAUAAAUUAAAAAAAGGAAAAAUAAUUAAAAUACCCCAAACUAUGUAGGGGUGUGAGAUAAGCACCUCAAAUUUGCGUAUGUAAUUUAAAUAUUCCUAACUUUAUGUAAAAUGUUAUUUUAACACCAUGGUAAUGUAUCAUUUCUUUUACAAAAAUGUAAAUUUAUGAUGUUAAUUGCAUAAUUCAAAAUAUAAAUUAAAUUGAAAACUUUGCAAUUAUAUAGAGUGUAAUACUAUUUAUUUUACAAUAAAAGUUUAGAAAUGUUAAUUGUAUCUUUAUGAAUGCUAAAAUAUUAUAAGUUAUGAAAUUAACAUAAAAAUUGACAUUUAAGAAAAAAAUAAUACAAGUACAUGACUAGGGUGCUAAAAUAACUAUUUAUAUAAAGUUUGGGGUAUUUAAAUUACAUAUGCAAGUUUGAGGUGCUUACCUCACAUCCCUUCAAAGUUUAGGGUAUUUUAAUUAUUUUCCCCAUUAAAAAACAACAAUAUUAAACAUCAAAAAUUGAAAAGUCAUCAACAAAAAGCAUUGAAACAAAAAACAUCAAUUGAUGCUGGACCUUGUACUGGAAAGUUGGUGCCAAAAAAUUGAAAACUGUUUUACAUCAAGCAAAUCGGUUCCAGUGAGGCACUGAUGAUGGAGCCUUGAUGAUUUGCAGAAGAAACUCUUUCAAAAAUUCAAAAGUACUAAAGUAGAGUGAAGUACAAGGUCAGAUGGGGUUAAACUAUAUGUAAGUAAACUAACAUUCUUGCAUUUGGGCUAAUCGGUUAGAUGUUUAUUAGUGAAACGAAGUAUUUGCUAUUGAUUUUCAAAAUCUUUAUUUGAUUGAAAUGAAUAUUUAUUGCUUCAAGUUUUUGAAGUUUGGUUUGUUAUGAUUUUUGCUACUUGCAAAGGACAUUUGCUAAUGAAUAUGCUAUAGUUCUGCUGCAAGCCUACAAGAUUUAAUUUACUUAAACUUUG